AUGCUGGCGGGCGCCAGGCUCCAGCGGAGGCGGCGGCAGCUGCAGCAGGAACAGCUCCGGCGGCGGCAGCCUCUCCUCUGGCCGAUGAACGCCGACCCGCCGCCGCCCUGGCUCUGGAUGGUCCCCGGCUCGGCCGGGCUGCUCCGGCUCGGCGCCGGGGUCGCGCCCCCUCCGGUGCUGCUGGCCGCGGCCCAGCCCCCCGGCGCCCCGCUGCUCCCGGCCGUGGCAGGCUGGCCGGCGCCCGGCGAGCCCCUGCUGCCGCUGCUGCCGCUGCCCGCUGCGCCAGACCAUGCCGCUGCCGCGCACCACCACCCCUGGCUCCACGGGCAGUGGCUGUUUGGCACCCAAUCACCAGGGAUGGGACUGUCUCCCUCUUCCACGGUGGAGCUGGUACCCAUCUUCCCCUACGUCUGCCCAUCUGCUGUGCCACCUUCUGUUGGAAAAAGUUGGGUAGACAAAAGGAUACCUAAUUGUAAGAUAAUUUUGAACAAUUCCUUUGCUCUGGACUCAAUGUGGCUGCCUCCUGAGGAAUUCAGAUUGGUCCGUGGGCACGAGAAGCCUCAUUUGCUGGCAAAUCAAGUAGCUAUGUCUCUGUCCAGGCCGGCCCCUGCCACCAGGCCUCUUCCCCCCGUGGUGCUUGCUCCUCAGCCCAUCCCAGGUGGAUGCCACAGCACCUGCAAGCCUGUGAGCAGUGGUCCCACUAUUGCUAUUGCCGCCGCGGCUGCUGCCACCAUGGUUUCUGUGGACUCUGAGGGACUCUGGGGCCUGUCCCCCACCAACAUCCAGCCGUGCCACUUUCUGACCUUGGCCCCCAUCAAAAUACCCCUGCGGAGCGUCCCCUUCUCAGAUAAAAGCAGAGAGCACAGCCGAGCCCCCGGCCCCCCUGCCCUGAUGCUGCCUGCGGAGAGGAAGAACCGGGCCGGAGCCAAGGACAAGGAGCCGCCCGCUAUCCUUGUGAGAGGAGAGGAGAGCCUAGCCAAGGGCAGCAGGCCUGUGGCUUCCGCCCCGGUGCCCGGAUCCCCCUGGUGCGUGGUCUGGACAGGUGAUGACCGGGUCUUCUUCUUCAACCCAACGAUGCAGCUGUCUGUCUGGGAGAAGCCUCUGGACCUCAAGAACCGUGGGGACCUCAACAGGAUCAUCGAAGACCCUCCGCAUAAGCGCAAGCUAGAGGCGUCAGCAACCGAUCACAGCGACCCGUCCAGCUCUGAAGAUGGCGGCGGGGACCAAAACGUGAAAACCAAGCGGAACCGGACUGAAGGUCACCAGAGUUCAGAGCCAGAGGAGGCAGAGAGGGAGGAUGGAACCACCAAGACGCCUCCACCCCAGAUCCUCCUGCCCCUGGAAGAAAGGGUGACACAUUUCCGUGACAUGCUCCUGGAGAGAGGGGUGUCAGCGUUUUCUACCUGGGAGAAAGAAUUACACAAAAUUGUGUUUGACCCACGGUAUCUCCUGCUAAACUCAGAGGAAAGAAAACAGGUAUUUGAACAGUUUGUAAAGACAAGAAUAAAAGAAGAAUACAAGGAAAAGAAAAAUAAAUUGCUGCUAGCCAAAGAAGAAUUCAAAAAACUUCUAGAGGAAUCUAAAGUGUCUCCCAGGACUACAUUCAAGGAAUUUGCUGAGAAGUAUGGCCGGGAUCAGAGGUUUCGACUUGUUCCGAAAAGGAAGGACCAGGAGCAUUUUUUCAACCAAUUCAUACAGAUUCUUAAGAAACGAGACAAGGAGAACAGACUAAGACUACGGAAAAUGAGAUGAAUGUGUGACCGAUGCAAUAAGACACGUAGGCCAGUGCUAAGAGUGCCAGGUGGAGAAGGAGCACACAGAACAGGGGGAAUGUGAGCUUGGGCAACACCUUGGACCCAAGUACUGCCACCUGGCCGGGCACUCUGCAGGCACCAAGGGUUAGCUCUCAGAGGAUUAAUGUUUCAUAUUGAAGCUCUCUCUUUUGUACAACGUUCAGAGUUUGAUGCAUUUCUAAUUGCCAUGAUAUGUCAGUCCCUUAAUUGUUUUAAUUAUGCAAAUUACUUGUAAUAUAUACAAAUUAUAAAUCCACGGCAGGUUUGUAAUUAAGCAGAAACUGACACCGUCUAUAACAAUCUCGAGGUGUUUUCAUCAUGUACACCGAUUACCUGAGCCUUCUCUGAAAUCUUUGUGAGUCACAUCUGUUCU